CGAAGACGCGUCUUCUCGAAGCUUAGUGCGACAGCGAACUCUUAACCAGCCGGCGAUCCAACCUAACUCAUAUUUUUAAAGCGCCGACCACUCGACAAUUCCAGUUUUUGAUUGAGCCGCAAUACACUAAACAUGGUCCGAGCUGGCCAUAUUAUACUCUUGACUCAACUUUUGGUCAUUGCGAACGGGGUAGAUCUACGAAAUGAUGAUGAUUUUGCUAAUAACGAAGUCAGCCCAGCCGAGGUGGCACUUUCGUUUCCCAGAGUAUCUCGCAAAACCUCUUCCAUCGAUGGUAACAUAGAUAAAAUCGAAGUCAAAUGUGAUACAUCGAAUGGCAUGAUAGUAGAGGUUGAAUUUGCCGAGGUAUUCAAUGGAGUUAUUUACAGUCAGGGAUACUACAACGAUCCCAAGUGCAGAUAUGUGAGCGGUGGAAGUAACGAACAGAGAUAUGUAUUCAAGGUGCCCUUCGAUGGUUGCGGUAGCAAGCCGUCCUGUUCGCUGUGUGCAUCUGUUGAUAAUAUUCUGAUCAUUCAGAACGAUGAAGAUAUUCAAGAAAGUUGGGACACAGCUCGCAAAAUAACAUGUAGUCGCAGUGAUGAACAGGAAAAAACGGUUUAUUUCAGACCAUUCGUUGUGGAUAUGUUAGAAGUGAUAUCAGUUGAAACCCCAAGUGGCCCAGUUCAAUGUUGGAUGGAAAUAGGAACAGGAAUACCACCAAAUAUUAAGCCUAUAAAUUACACAUUGAAACUUGGCACAGAUAUUACUUUCACCAUAAAUGUUAAGCAAUCGGUGCAAUCGUGGGACAUCAACAUCCUACAAUGCUAUGCCUCCGAUGAUCCAGAGUUUGAUGCACGCACUACAAACAAAUUACAGCUUUCCGAUAAAAACGGAUGCUCAAUUAAGGAAAAAAUAUUUGGAGAAUGGAAAAGAUUUGAGUCCAUUCCUGGUCAAACUUUAACUUAUUAUAAUACAUUGAAAGCAUUUAAAUUUCCAGACAGAUCUCAAGUUUAUCUUAAAUGUGAUAUCGAACUAUGCAAUGGCUCUUGCGAUAGAGACUACAAGUGUGGUGGCCAUAUACCAACAACUGUGCCAACAUUGCCUACUAAUAAAACGCCGCGCUGCUAUCCUGGUUCAACUGAUUCUCGUUGCCCACAAGAGCCAAGGACAACGGUUGCUCCCAACUGCUACCCAGGAUCAACAGAUCGGAGGUGCCCACAAUCACCCAGAACUACAUCAACACCUCGCUGCUUCCCUGGAUCAACAGAUCCUCAUUGCCAGCCAGCCACUUAUUUACCCCCGACUACAGCCAGACCUCCAGUAACACCAGCUAAGCCUCAGUGCUAUCCUGGCUCAACCGAUGCUCGCUGCCCGCAGCAACCUAAAACUACUUCCGCUCCCAUUUGUUAUCCAGGAUCACCUAAUCCUCGUUGUCCACAACAACCCAAGACGACGUCUGCUCCCAACUGUUAUCCAGGAUCAACUGAUCGAAGGUGCCCUCAGCAACCUAGAACUACAUUGCCACCAACUACAUCACGACCUACAGUAACCCCUAAGACGACUUCCACACCCAUUUGUUAUCCAGGAUCGCCUAAUCCUCGUUGUCCACAACAAGCUAAGACGACUUCUGCUCCCAACUGUUAUCCAGGAUCAACUGAUCGAAGGUGCCCUCAGCAACCUAGAACUACAUCGAAGCCCCGCUGCUUCCCUGGAUCAACAGAUCGUGAUUGUCAACCAGCCACUUAUUUACCCCCGACUACAGCGCGACCUUCAGUAACACCAGUAAAGCCUCAGUGCUAUCCUGGCUCAACCGAUGUACGCUGCCCGCAACAACCUAAAACAACUUCUGCUCCCAUUUGUUAUCCAGGGUCGCCUAAUCCUCGUUGUCCACAACAACCUAAGACAACAUCUGCUCCCAUCUGCUAUCCAGGAUCGACUGAUCGAAGGUGCCCCCAGCAACCUAGAACUACAACAAAACCUCGCUGCUUCCCUGGAUCAACGGAUCCUGAUUGUCAACCGGCUACAACUCUACCUUCGACUACAUCACGACCUACAGUUACACCUAAGACGACUACUACUCCCAUUUGUUAUCCAGGAUCCCCUAAUCCACGUUGUCCACAACAACCCAAGACAACGUCUACCCCCAAGUGUUAUCCAGGAUCGACAGAUUCUCGUUGUCCACAACAAUCUAAAACGACAUCUACUCCAAUCUGCUAUCCAGGAUCGAAAGAUCCUGCAUGCUUAAAUUGUUACCCUGGAUCACCAGAUCCAAGAUGCCCAAAGGUUGCAACAACCAGAAAGCCUGGAUGUUACGAAGGUUCCAGUGAUCCAAAUUGUCAGCCUGCCACUUAUCUUCCCCCUAUCAAAACCACUAAGAUUCCGGGAAGCCAAAUUACUCCUUCAAAGCCUAAUUGUUUCGAUGGAUCUACUGACCGCAGAUGUCCGCAAAAGCCGAAAACAACGCCAUUGCCUAACUGUUAUCCAGGCUCGACUGAUUCUAGAUGCCCACAGCAACCAAAGACAACAAUUCCACCAAAGUGCUACCCUGGGUCCAGUGAUUCUCGAUGCCCUCAGGAACCCAGAACUACAACUCGCCCACAAAUAACUACGACAAAACCAAGGUGUUAUCCUGGUUCAACUGAUCUUCGCUGCCCGCAAGAGCCUAAAACUACAGCUGCUCCCAAUUGUUAUCCAGGUUCCUCAGAUCCGCGAUGCCCACAGAAGCCAAGAACUACUACAAGGCCCAGCUGUUACCCUGGAUCGACAGAUCCCGAUUGCCAACCAGCUACAUAUCUUCCACCAACUACAGUUCGCCCAUCGAUUACAACAUCUAGGCCAAAAUGUUAUCCAGGUUCAACUGAUGCAAGAUGCCCUCAAAUACCAAAAACAACUUCCAAACCAAACUGUUAUCCAGGAUCUACUGAUCCCCGUUGUCCACAACAACCUAAGACGACAUCUAAGCCAAACUGUUAUCCUGGAUCCACAGAUCCUCGUUGUCCGCAGCAACCUAGAACGACAUCUAAGCCAAACUGUUAUCCUGGAUCUACAGAUCCUCGUUGUCCGCAGCAACCUAAGACGACAGCUAAGCCGAACUGUUAUCCUGGUUCGUCGGAUCCACGAUGCCCUCAGGAACCAAGAACUACAUCGAAGCCCCGCUGUUACCCUGGAUCGACAGAUCCCGAUUGCCAACCAGCCACAUAUCUUCCACCAACCACAGUUCGCCCUUCGAUAACAACUUCCAAGCCAAAUUGUUAUCCAGGUUCAACAGAUACAAGAUGCCCACAACAACCAAAGACAACAUCUAAGCCAAACUGUUAUCCUGGAUCUACAGAUCCUCGUUGUCCGCAGCAACCUAAGACGACAGCUAAGCCGAACUGUUAUCCUGGUUCAUCGGAUCCACGAUGCCCUCAGGAACCAAGAACUACAUCGAAGCCCCGCUGUUACCCUGGAUCGACAGAUCCCGAUUGCCAACCAGCCACAUAUCUUCCACCAACCACAGUUCGCCCUUCGAUAACAACUUCCAGGCCAAAUUGUUAUCCAGGUUCAACAGAUACAAGAUGCCCACAACAACCGAAGACAACAUCUAAGCCAGACUGUUAUUCUGGAUCCACUGAUCCUCGUUGUCCGCAACAGCCUAGAACAACACCUCGUCCCAACUGUUAUCCGGGUUCGUCGGAUCCUAGAUGCCCUCAGGAACCAAGGACUACACCGAAACCAACAACUAAGGCAACUGUUAAGCCUGCAUGCUAUCCAGGAUCAAAAGAUCCCGAAUGUUUGAAUUGUUUCCCGGGAUCCCCAGAUCCAAGAUGCCCAAAGGUUCCAACAACCAGGAAAGCUGGAUGCUACGAAGGUUCACGUGAUCCAAAUUGUCAACCGGCGACAUACCUCCCGCCAAUUAAAACAACUAAGAUUCCGGGUAACCAAGUUACUCCCUCAAAACCUAAUUGUUUGGCUGGAUCUACUGACCCUAGAUGUCCACAAAAACCGAAGACAACGGCUUCACCAAACUGCUACAGAGGAUCUUCAGAUCCUCGAUGCCCCCAAGAACCCAAAACUACAUCAAAACCACGUUGCUACCCCGGAUCUAACGAUCCCGACUGUGAGCAAACCACUUAUCCACCGCGGACUACAAUUCGACCUCCGAUAACUACAUCUAAACCAAGAUGCUAUCCAGGAUCUGCGGAUCCUCGGUGUCCUCAGGAACCAAGAACUACUACAAGACCCAGCUGUUACCCAGGAUCUGCAGAUCCCGAUUGCCAACCAGCUACAUAUCUUCCUCCGACCACAGUUCGCCCUUCGAUAACCACAUCUAGGCCAAAUUGUUAUCCAGGUUCAACUGACGCAAGAUGUCCCCAACAACCGAAGACGACAGCUAAGCCAAACUGUUAUCCUGGAUCCACAGAUCCUCGUUGUCCGCAGCAACCUAAGACGACAGCUAAGCCGAGCUGUUAUCCUGGUUCAUUGGAUCCGCGAUGCCCUCAGGAACCAAGAACUACAUCAAAGCCCCGCUGUUAUCCUGGAUCGACAGAUCCCGAUUGCCAACCAGCUACAUAUCUUCCACCAACCACAGUUCGCCCUUCGAUAACUACACCAAAGCCAAAUUGUUAUCCAGGUUCAACUGAUGCAAGAUGCCCUCAAAUACCAAAAACAACUUCCAAACCAAACUGUUAUCCUGGAUCUACUGAUCCCCGUUGUCCACAACAACCUAGAACGACAUCUAAGCCAAACUGUUAUCCUGGAUCUACAGAUCCUCGUUGUCCGCAGCAACCUAAGACGACAGCUAAGCCGAACUGUUAUCCUGGUUCAUCGGAUCCGCGAUGCCCUCAGGAACCAAGAACUACAUCAAAGCCUCGUUGUUACCCUGGAUCUACAGAUCCCGAUUGUCAACCAGCUACAAAUCCUCCACCGACCACGGUUCGCCCUUCGAUAACAACCUCUAGGCCAAAUUGUUAUCCAGGUUCAACAGAUACAAGAUGCCCACAACAACCUAAGACAACAUCUAAGCCAAAUUGUUAUCCUGGAUCUACAGAUCCUCGUUGUCCGCAGCAACCUAAGACGACAGCUAAGCCGAACUGUUAUCCUGGUUCGUCGGAUCCACGAUGCCCUCAGGAACCAAGAACUACAUCGAAGCCCCGCUGUUACCCUGGAUCGACAGAUCCCGAUUGCCAACCAGCCACAUAUCUUCCACCAACCACAGUUCGCCCUUCGAUAACAACUUCCAGGCCAAAUUGUUAUCCGGGUUCAACAGAUACAAGAUGCCCACAACAACCGAAGACAACAUCUAAGCCAAACUGUUAUUCUGGAUCCACUGAUCCUCGUUGUCCGCAACAGCCUAGAACAACACCUCGUCCCAACUGUUAUCCGGGAUCGUCGGAUCCUAGAUGCCCUCAGGAACCAAGGACUACACCGAAACCAACAACUAAGGCAACUGUUAAGCCUGCAUGCUAUCCAGGAUCAAAAGAUCCCGAAUGUUUGAAUUGUUUCCCGGGAUCCCCAGAUCCAAGAUGCCCAAAGGUUCCAACAACCAGGAAAGCUGGAUGCUACGAAGGCUCACGUGAUCCAAAUUGUCAACCGGCGACAUACCUCCCGCCAAUUAAAACAACUAAGAUUCCGGGUAACCAAGUUACUCCCUCAAAACCUAAUUGUUUGGCUGGAUCUACUGACCCUAGAUGUCCGCAAAAACCGAAGACAACGGCUUCACCAAACUGCUACAGAGGAUCUUCAGAUCCUCGAUGCCCCCAAGAACCCAAAACUACAUCAAAACCACGUUGCUACCCCGGAUCUAACGAUCCCGACUGUGAGCAAACCACUUAUCCACCGCGGACUACAAUUCGACCUCCGAUAACUACAUCUAAACCAAGAUGCUAUCCAGGAUCUGCGGAUCCUCGGUGUCCUCAGGAACCAAGAACUUCUACAAGACCCAGCUGUUACCCAGGAUCUACAAAUCCCGAUUGUCAACCAGCUACAUAUCUUCCUCCGACCACAGUUCGCCCUUCAAUAACAACCUCUAGGCCAAACUGUUAUCCAGGAUCCACUGAUGCAAGAUGCCCCCAACAGCCGAAGACAACAUCUAAGCCAAACUGUUAUCCUGGCUCCACUGAUCCUCGCUGUCCGCAACAACCAAGAACGACACCCGGUCCUAACUGCUACCCUGGAUCGUCUGAUCCUCGGUGCCCCCAGCAACCGAGAACUACAACUUAUCAACCGCCUAUUACAAUUCGACCUCCGAUAACUACACCAAAACCAAGAUGCUAUCCAGGAUCUGCGGAUCCUCGUUGUCCUCAGGAAACAAGAACUACUACAAGGCCCCGCUGUUAUCCGGGAUCUACUGAUCCCGAUUGCCAACCAGCUACGUAUCUUCCUCCGACCACAGUUCGUCCUUCGAUAACUACGUCGAAGCCCAACUGCUAUCCAGGAUCAACUGAUUCGAGGUGCCCUCAACAGCCAAAGACAACAUCUAAGCCAAACUGCUAUCUUGGCUCCACUGAUCCUCGCUGUCCGCAACAACCAAGAACAACACCCGGUCCUAACUGCUACCCUGGAUCGUCUGAUCCUCGGUGCCCCCAGCAACCGAGAACUACAACUUAUCAACCCCCUACUACAAUUCGUCCUCCAAUAACUACACCGAAACCAAGAUGCUAUCCUGGAUCGUCUGAUCCUCGAUGCCCCCAGGAACCGAGAACUUCUACUUCUCAGCCCCCUACUACAAUUCGACCUUCGAUAACUACAUCAAAGACAAGAUGCUAUCCUGGUUCAACUGACCCACGUUGCCCACAGCAACCUAACACGACACCAUCACCUAAUUGCUAUCCAGGAUCGAACGAUCCUCGGUGCCCAACAACUAAGACAACUGCUACGCCAGCAUGCUAUCCAGGAUCCAAAAAUCCUGCAUGCUUAAAUUGUUACCCUGGAUCACCAGAUCCAAGAUGUCCCAAGGUUCCAACAACUAGAAAACCAGGGUGUUACGAAGGUUCAAGUGACCCAAAUUGUCAGCCGGCUACUUAUCUCCCACCAAUUAAAACAACCAAGAUUCCCGGGAACCAAAUUACUCCCGCGAAGCCUAAUUGCUUUGAGGGAUCUUCUGACCCUAGGUGCCCUCAAAAACCGAAGACUACUUCUUCGCCAAACUGUUACAGAGGAUCUUCAGAUCCUCGAUGCCCCCAAGUGCUCACAACUACAUCGAAACCCCGCUGCUACCCAGGGUCUACUGAUCCCCAAUGCGAAUCAGUUACUUACCCACCCCGCACUACAAUUCGUCCAACAAUAACUACCUCUAGACCAAACUGCUAUCCAGGUUCAACUGAUCCUCGAUGCCCACAACAACCGAGAACAACACCUAGACCCAAUUGUUAUCCGGGAUCAUCGGAUCCUCGAUGCCCUCAAGUACCAAGAACAACUUCGAAGCCACGCUGUUACCCUGGAUCCACUGAUCCCGAUUGCAAGCCAGUAACUUACCUUCCACCAACUACAGUUCGACCAUCAAUAACUACGUCUAGACCCAAUUGUUACCCUGGUUCAAGUGAUCCUAGGUGCCCACAGCAACCUAAAACGACUCGUACACCCUGUUAUCCUGGAUCGUCUGAUCCUCGCUGCUCCCAAAACUUGGUCACGACAACAUCGCGGCCUAAUACUACACCUUCUUAUUGCUUCCCAGGGUCUGUAGAUCCUCGUUGUCCUGACACAUAUAAGGGUUCAACUCCUAUUCCUGACACGUACUUGCCGCCUUUAAGUAAUCCAGGCUAUGAUAGGACCAUAAGAGACGCAAAAAGCCAAUUCUUCACAGAGAUUAACAAAUUGGCUUCAACAGACAACAAUGUUUUUGAGCUAGAUGAUGAUGAUGAGAGUGAAACCUCUAGAAAUAAACGCGAUCUGAGCGAUAAAGAUAUAGACCCAAUAGCAUAUAAUGAAGCCAGCGAAGAUCUUCUAUCAAGAAAAAUCAUGAAGCGUGAGUUUAAUGAGCGUCCACCGGAAAGAGAGGUUAUUUCCUUUACCCUCGGCAUUCGAACAGGGAUUCAAGUGAAUUAGACCGAUUUGUACAAUAGUGCAUUGUUAUAGCCGAUAACGUAGCUCUCUCGCAAUAAGAUUAACUUGUUAAAAAAAAUGAUAUAUUAUGAUAUUUAUAUAUAUAUAUAUAUAUUACUAUUAAACAUAAUCAUUCAAAUAUACUCGAAUUUAGUAAUAGUCUCAUUUUAAGUAUUUUCAAAUUUUAACGAAUGAUUCAUGUACUCGAUCAGAAAUUCUCGUGAAUUUAAUUGACACAAUAAACGAUACAACAAAAUUAUAAAAACUCGUUGUGAUUUGGAAUUUAUCAAUAGAUUUAAGAAACCGGGUUUCCAGAGUAUAUGAGGGUUGAAUGACUU